AGCUAUUAUACUGGAAAUACAAAUUUUAUGUGGCUCUGUCAAAUAAAAGACAUUUGUAAAUUUUCCUUCAAGUACCCUUUUUGUACAUUGUUUGUAAAUGAAAAACCAAAUAUACCACAGAAUUAUUUUAGGACUUACUUUUUGUUUUUGCCUUCUUUAAAAGCGCAGAAAACAUCAGUGGAGAACAUACUUCGUCAACGGUCAAAAAGUAAGUUUUGUUUUUUUGAGACCUUUGACAAACUCUGGUGCAUCCCUCCUUGAUUUUUGUUUAAACUGUGUUUUUCUUUUUAAAUGGUUAAAGAUUUGUUUGCUUGUUAGGGCAUAACAUUAGUUUAGCUUAGUUGUCGGUAGGUGUUUGAGGGAGUUGUUUAUUGGGGUAUUAACAUUGCAGAAUGCUGAUUUGAUGUUCCGUGCUAAUAAAUCCAAUAAAAGACUUUUGAAAUAAAAAGUUCUUCGUUAAAUGAAGUACUAGAUACUAUAAAAGACGCAACCCAAGUAAAAGAUCAAAAUAAUACACCCCACUGUGUUGAGAACCAGUUUUGCCUGUUCAUCCAAAGAGUGUUUUCACCCAGGGGCCAGCAUGCGGAAACAUAACCACUAUGUUAUGAAUGCCUUAAAGACUAAUCUGAUCAAGAGAUGGCCACAGAUACUGAAAAACAUGAAAGGUACAGAAAUUCCAUUACAUUUAUGCAUUUAUCCAAAGCAACUUACAGUGAAUUCAGGCUAACAUUUUUUACCUAACGUGUUCCCUGGGAAUCAAACCCACAACCUUUUGCAAUGCUAACGCAAUGCUCUGAGCCACAGGAACAUUACAAUCAUCCAUACAUGAAAACAACUUGCUUUUAGAAAAGAAGCAUGGCAGCGAGAAGAAGCAAUGACUUUCAGCUUGUUAUUCCUGAAAGAGGUGAAAGAGUUAAGAUUAAUGCGGGAUCUACUCUCACUGUGUCAUGCCACUUGUCUCCUGCACUCAGUGCUGUUGACAUGGAGAUUACUUGGUUUGGCGAGAUGUCUUGUAUUUGUGCCUAUAAGAACCGAGAGAUGACACAGAGUGUUGGCUAUGAGGGCAGAGCGAGUCUGUUCAUUAAUGACCUGUCGAGAGGGAAUGUCUCUUUAAGAGUGGCAGACUUCAGAGAAUCAGAUCUGGGAGUUUACAUGUGCCAGGUCACCAGUAAAUUUAAAACAGAGCAGAUAACAGUAAAUGUAGCAGAAGAAGUCUCUGCCAUUUCUAAGGCCCAGCGCUUCGUUACAGUGGAUUACAACAAGGAUAAAAGAAAUGACAUAACACCACAGGAUAUACCAUCACAUCCAAACCCUCAAGACAACAAGCUACCUGGGGAUAACAAAACUGGAAACAAAAGCAAACAGAACUUUCAGCUUGUUGUUCCCAGUAAAACACCAGAGGUUUCUUUGGGGGCUGAUUUGAUUAUUCCAUGUCAUUUGUCUCCUGAAAUCAGUGCUGUUGACAUGGAGAUCAGUUGGUCUAAUGAUACAGCCUGUGUUUGCCUGUAUAAAGACAGGAAGGUGACAGAAGGGGUUUUGUUCAAGGACAGAGUGAGUCUGUUCACUCAUAAGCUUAGGGAAGGAAAUGUGUCCUUACGACUGAAAAACUUCAGGCUGUCAGAUAUCGGAAAUUACCAUUGUCAGGUCAUCAGUAAAUACAGAAGAGAGAAGAUAUCAGUAAGAGUGAGGAUAAAUCCUGGUGUCCAACAUGUGAGUCAGACACCGAUAUAUGAAGAUCGAUAUUAUUGCCAAUUAAUGCAACAUGAGGAUAAAACAAGAAGAGAGGCAGCCAAAAAUUUAAGCCAGGCAUCACGUCAUGAUUCAGAUAAGAAACAACAUGGAAAUAACAUGGGCAACCCAGACAUUGAUAAUUUUCAGCUUGUUAUUCCUCAAACAGCUCAAAAAGCACAGAUUUCUAUUGGGUCUGAAAUCAUUGUUCCUUGUCACUUGACUCCUGAAAUCUGUGCCAUUGCCAUGCAGAUCAAAUGGUUUAAGGAGACAGACUGUGUUUGCAUCUACAAGAAAGGACAUGUGAUUGAGGGGAGGAGCUACAAAGACCGAGCAAGUCUCGACACUCACGUACUUGGGAGAGGAAAUGUGUCCUUACAUCUAAAUAACUUCAGUGUCUCAGAUGUUGGUGAUUACUAUUGUCAGGUCAUCAGUGGAGACAGAACACAACAGAUUACAGUAGGAGUGAGGAUAAAACCUGAAGUCCAGCCUGUGAGUCAGUCACCAACAUUUCAAGGUCAAAGUAAUCAGAUAAAACUGUUUGAGAUAGACAAAAUAUGGACUAAACAGGAGACUGACAAAAUGAAUGAAUCUGCUCUAAUGGCUGAGGAGCUUCAUGAUAUGUUAAUUAAGGCUUGCAAAGAAAAAGACCGACAGCUGAAAAGAGCUGAACAGGAGUUGAGAGAGACCAGAAAGAUGUUGGACAGACUCUUAAGACUCAACCCUCAUGCUCAGUUUUUGGACAAAGACAAAUCAAAUCCCAUUUAAUAGCUAAGAAAUGUGCCUAACAUUGAAAUUUCAGGUUGAGGCUUAAUGCCUCUUCUUAAAUUCAUGAGAGCUAUAACCAUCAAUAUUUCAGAUUAUUUUUUUCUCAAAUUAAGUAUACAUUAAUCAAGGCAUGUUAUUCUGAAGAAAAUUACAAUAACAAUGAAAUGACAAAGAAUUUACCUAAUUUGCCUUAUUUAAGACUUUACCUAAUGUUUGUUUUGUAACCUUGCACAAACUAAAAUAAAGCAACUUAAUAAAUGCUCAUUUAUAAAUAAGGCUUUAACACACACACACACACACACACACACACACACACACACACACACA